AUGGGAAACACUAGCUCCAACCCGAAAAUUACCAGGCAUGAUAAGGCCAUUUUAGAGCUGAAGCUCCAGCGAGACAAGCUUCUCAAGUCGAGACAGAGACUAGCGACGGUGGUCAACCGAGAAACUCAGAUUGCCAAGCAAUGCGUCAAGGCGAAGAAGUUUGAGAAGGCGAAGUUGGCGUUGCGGAAGAAGAAGAGACAACAGUCGUUGCUCGACAACCUCGAGCGCCAGAGCAACACCCUGGAGGAGUUGAUCGAUACGAUCGAAUUCAAGCUGAUAGAGAAGGACGUGCUCUACGGCUUGGAGCAGGGAAAUAAAGUGUUGAAGGAAAUCAACAGUGAGAUGAGCAUGGAGAAAGUCGAGAAGAUUCUGGACGACACAGAGGAAGCCGUGUCGUACCAGAACGAGCUCAGCGAGAGGUUGGGCUCGUUGUUGACGAAUGGAGAGGAGGAGGAGGUGGACGAGGAGUUGAGGCAGUUGGAGCUCGAAAUGGGCGUGGCAGACAGGCAGGAGAGCGUGAGUGUGCCAAAGAAGGCACAGAGCGACUCCGCGGUGAGACGGAAGCUCGACUCAUUACCGGCCGCUCCUAGCGAGUUACAUCUUCCGCAGAAAGAGGCAGAAGGAGACGGAGCACCACAGCCGGAGAAGCAAGAGGAAGAGACUUCUAGAGUUGCACAGCUGGCCUAG